AUGGACGACAAUAUGUUACCGGACGAUGUUGUGGGGCCUCUGCGACCAGCACGCCCCGUGCGGAGGCAGCUCGAAAGCUUCUCGCUUGCGUUCUCGAACGCAGCUCGGCCAGAGUACGAGCUUGGCGAUAAAAUCCUGCUUCCACAAUCGUUGCUUGCGGAACUCAUCCAAUGGAAUACCGAAGAUCCAAUGAUCUUUCGCGUGCAAGCACAAAGAUCCGAAAGAGUCACGCACGUCGGGGUGAUCGAGUUUACCGCUGAGGAAGGCAAGUGCUACUUACCUCACUGGUUGAUGCAGAACCUCGCCUUGCAGGAAGGCGACGUCGUACAGCUAGAGACUGCGAGUCUCCCAAAGGCUCGCUAUGUGAAGCUGCAGCCACAUCUAACUGAGUUCACGCAGAUGACGAACCCGCGGGCAGUGCUGGAGACGAGACUUCGGCACUAUACCGCACUAACGGAGGGUGACGAGAUCGCGAUUGAGUACAACGGAAAAAUGUUUUGGUUGACGGUCAUUGCUUGUGAACCGGCAAGCGCUGUAUGUGUGACGGACACCGACGUGAGCGUCGAGUUCGCACCGCCGCGCGAUAUGCCCCCGGAGAUGCCCGCGGUAAGGACAAACGCCGGGAUGAGCAGCACAUCGCAGUGCGCUGGUCGAAUCGAGUUUGGGGACGCCACCGCCGCCACCGCUGGGGAACCCGCUGCAGCAACAACUUCCCGCUCAUUGUGGCGCAGAAAGAACGAAAAAGCCGCUUCCGGGGAUGAAGGCAUGACCACUGGCAGCCGCGAUGGCGUGCCGAACGCGCCAGCGAAUGCACAGCCGCAGCACGAUGACUACUGGAGCAAGCUCUCGGGGGGUCGGACGCUCAGUGGUCGACCAGUGUUUGCGUCUGAUUCACCCAGAACCGUGGAAACAUCAACAGGUACACCGAGCAGACCAAAGGCACAACCGACCUCAACCGAUGGUCCCAAAAAGUUUGUACCCUUCUCCGGUACAGGUCGGACGCUGCGCUGA